GCUCAUGAUGUGAGUGACAGGCCAUUCCUCCAGUCAGCGGAACCGUUUUCUGCCGUUACCCUAGCACCAGCCAAUGUAAAAUGUGUGGGCGGAUCCCAGGCGGGCAGGCCGUAUCCCGGCCCGGGGCCUCUGUUAUAGAAUGGCCGCGGCGACCUGCGGCUCCCCCGGUGUGGCAGGCCCUGGAGGCCGUACCGGGGAGCCCCCAAAUGCCCCUGUCUCCCAGCGAAGGAAGCGAGGAAGUGACUCCCGACGCAGGCAGGCCGCCCUCCUCUUCCUCAAUAACAUCUCCCUGGAUGGACGCCGCCCGUGUCCCGCACCCCAGCCUGCUUGGGAUAUCGCCCCGUCCCGUGAUGGACUGGAGCACAUGCCCUUCUCCCAGGUCCCGCUCACACCGUCUCCCCUGCUCCUGUUGUCCAACGGCCCCCGGAUCAUGCUGCCCCGCGAGUCUCCCAUGCAGGAAGAUGUCACCGGGCAGGAGAAGAUUGGACACAAUACCCCCGCCUCUGCCGUCAGGAUAGUGCCCCCCCUGGGUCUCUUACACACCAGCACUGGCCCCAGUGAGAAACAAAGGCAACGUCAUAUGUCUCAACGGUGCUCCCUAGAGUUUCUAGACGACAUAGCAGGAUUUCCAUCCAUACAAAGGCCCAAAAAUAUAUUGGAAUCUCCGCGGAACUCUGUGUUGAAAAAAACACACUUCAUUAAAAAUAUGAGGCAAUAUGACACCAGGAACAGCAGAAUUAUCUUGAUCUGUGCUAAAAGAUCCCUGUGUGCUGUGUUUUCUAUUCUUCCUUAUGGAGAGAGCCUACGUAUCAGUGAGCUGAGAUUGGAGGGGACAAAGCAGCGACACCCAUCUGGCGGGACCCCUUCUAUCUCGGACACAGUGUUUGGAAUGGAAGGUGUUGAGCUCGGGGCAGAUGGAGAGGUUGUUUCAUAUGCAAAGUUUUUAUACCCAACAAAUGCUCUUGUCAGGCAAAAAGAUGAGGAUCAGCCACCACAGGUCAGACUUGGUUCCCACGAGACUUCCAAACGGAACUUCGGCAAUGUCCGGUUCACUCCAGGAACAGAAUUAGGUUCUGAAGUAGACGCCAUUGAAUACAAUCCCAAUCUUUUGGAUGAUCCCCAGUGGCCCUGUGGAAAACACAAGCGUGUCCUCAUCUUCGCUUCAUAUAUGACAACAGUCAUUGAAUAUGUGAAACCAUCGGACUUGAAAAAAGACAUGAAUGAGAUGUUUAAGGAGAAAUUUCCUUACGUGAAGCUAACCCUGAGCAAAAUCAGAAGCUUAAAACGGGAAAUGAGAAAUGUGGCCCAGGAGUGUAACAUGGAACCAGUGACAGUGGCUAUGUCCUAUGUUUAUUUUGAAAAGCUGAUACUACAAGGAAAAGUGAACAAGCAGAACCGCAAGCAGUGUGCUGGAGUCUGCGUACUACUGGCAGCUAAAAUCAGCAGCGACUUCAAAAAGCCAGAGCUGAAACAUCUGUUAGAUAAGCUUGAAGAACGUUUCCGGGUUAACAGACGGGACCUGGUUGCAUUUGAAUUUACUGUGCUGGUGGCUAUGGAGUUGGCGCUCUACCUCCCAGAGGCUCAAGUUUUACCUCAUUUCCAUCGCUUGACCAAGCAGCAGUAGUAGAAAUCCUACCAGACUCCAAUCAUGCAGCUUCUACCUACAGGAACUUGAUACAGUUGUCUGCUACUCUUUGUCACACUUCUGAAAAGCUCAAUGAAGAGUCAAGUGUCCAUUCCGUUCUUCAUAGCUGCAGUGGAUGCCAUACUGAAUGGCCAUUGCAGUAUGGGCAAGCACACCUCUAGUGUGGUGUUGGCGGCAACUUUGGCAAAUAGUACAUACUUUAGUAUAUGUGUCUGAUCUUUGCAUAAUUGCACAAUGAAAAACUCACUUCCUGUAAGGCUGUAAUAUGUCGCAGUCUCCCAGUCCCACUGAACAUGUAUACAAAUGUGAAACUCCAUGCAUUUUGAUUAGCAAAACUGAAUAGGAAUCCAUUUCUUAAUGUGUCUCACAGAAGGUUGAACGGGGAAUAGAGGCCUAGAAUAUUUCAUGUAACAUAGAGCCCAAUUUUUCUCCUCCAAAAUUAUACUUUUACAGGAUCUCUCAAUACCCCCACCCCCCUCGUAAAGGAAGCACAUUUUAACCCUUUAGUGCCUUUGCAAUAUGCUUAGUAAUCACUCUGGCAUUGAAGAUGUUAUUGUAGGUCUUAUUAUGUAUAACCAAUGCUGGUGUCUUCAAAAUCCCCUAGUUAGCAGUAUUGUGCUACGGGAUAUGGCUUCUGUGGGAUUACGGUAGCAUUAAGUAUGCCUGUCCUAGAACAAAGAUCUCAUAACGGCCAAGUAGCAUCAACUGUAAAACUUAGGAAUAGUAAGCGAGUAAGGCAAUAAAUAUUCACAGGGUCUAUUUUUAUAACAUGAGGGUGUGAAGUGGAACUAGUGAUUUUAAGCUUUUAUGUUUUUAUAUUUUUUAUGUUUUUAAGAUUAUUUAUUUGUUGCUCUUUAUAAAGUGCACAUAUCUAUAUCUUGCAUUUAGUCCCACCCCUCCCCACACAAAAAAUAUGCAUACAUUAUUUUUUAUGUUUUUAAAUACGUGCCUAAAUUUAACCUGAUCUGGUAUCAGGAUUAUUUUAUUUAUUGUCUGUUGCAAAACUAUUAAAGUUUAUCCAUUGCCUUCA